AUGGGUGGGGAGAUUGACUCCGUUGUUGAUGCAGAUAUGCCGUGCGGCAACUGCACCUCGCACCUGGAAUCCGACGUUGUAAAAUUUCUGCUGAGUUUGUCAGGACCUAUUCCGACACAGGGCUAUACUCCCAUAGGUGGCCGAGAAUGGCGUGUAUCUCAUGUGGUCGCACGCCUUCUGAUGGGGCUAACAGGCAAACGCCACGAAAAAUGCCCACCUGCCGAGGAGUAUGGCGCCUACACCUACAUGUAUGGUUUCUUCAAUGGAAGUCAGUGGUGCUACCAGAGCCUAAUUGACGCUUCAACUUCCUUCUUCUUCCUUGACGGAAACCGAGUUGCUGCUCCCGGCUGGGCACGCAGCAGCACCUUCGAGAACACACGGUAUGUGCGCAUGUAUCGAAGUGCCUCCGACAGCCUGGACAAUUGGAGCAUCGCACUCGGCACUAUCUUGACCUUGUGCACCGCAGUGGUCGGCAUUGUAGCGCAAGUUUACAACAAGCAGCUAUUCCCACGCCAACACGACCCCAGUCAUCAGGCGCUAACGUGUAGUUUUUCAAGUGUAUCCGCUUAG